ACGCAUUUCGAAUCUCCCGCGCUCCGCUCACCGCGUCCACGUUACUUCGUUUCGAGCCGAUCGGUGGCAAAUCGAGGAAAAGGUGCAAGAAUUUCGACGUACUUGUUACUCGGUACACAGGCUACAAGUGGUGAUUUAAAAGGACGGUGCAAGCGUUUUCGCGCUUCUGUGUACACACGUGCAAGCUGUUACGAAACUGUUCGUCAAAAAAGGGAUCGUCGCGCUCGCAGAACGACGAUGUUUCCAUGACUCGGGCUUCGAGACACCUCGCAAGUGCACCUGCGUCUCGAGAAAGUGGAGGCUCUCUUAGACGCCUGUCGAAGACCUGUAAUUCACCGAAAGACGUGCGAUGAGGAUCGAAGGUAGAAAGUCAAAGGACUCAUCCUGAACGACAAACUACAGAGGCGUCAUACGACGCCUACGCUUCUCUCGAACCCUGGCGCCAGGAUGAGUCCGAAAGGACCCAGCCAGGACGGCGCGAAGAUGGAGGUGAGGGUGUCCUGCGUGGCCUCGCCUGGCGGCCAACCUCAGGGGAUCAGAGUGAAGAUCCCGGAGCCGAAGAAACGGCCUAUGAGCCCUCCUCUUCAAGAAGCGAUGCGCGCCAGGUGUCCGUCCGUUCCCGAGAAGGACUUCUACCGGAAGACCUCGUCGCUGGACCGUCGAGACAGAUAUCCGACGUUGUCCGGCGCCGAGAUCAAGCGAGGAUUGAUUCCUGGCUGCGUGGACACGCCUCGGGGCAGAAGAAACCCCAUGUUAGAUAGGAAGAAUCGAUUUCCAACGAUCUCCGGCGCGGAACUGAAGAGGAGCCUCGCCAUCGGCAAAUGUCCCUUAGAGGAUGGGCUGGAUCUGAGCCUGGCGCCCUGGCCAGGCAUGAAGUGGGCCUGCGUCAGGGUGUUGCACCUGUACUGUAAGGUGUUCGACCAGUUCGAGCUGUUCGAGCUGAUAGUUAGAAAGAACUGCACGAGCUGCAAGUGUCCCCGGGAGGCGCACGAUGUGUGCCACGAGGAAUGGGUGUCGGUGAGGUCUCGUUUGGGCUUGAAAGGCGACGAAUCCACGUCCACGGACGUCCCUCGAUCCAAGGGUUUGGCAUGGGCUCCUCCAGGAUUGCCGGCGUACAAGGUGGAGGAAUACUUCUCGAUGCUGCCAGAGAUAUCCGUGCCGAGGCUAGGCACGCCUGGAGAACGAUACAGGGACCGGCAAUUGGCGAUUCAACUGCCUAAGCAGGACUUAGCCAGGGCUUAUUGCCGCCACUUGGACCCGGAUCACGCCAGCAGUGCUGAUGACUUCAUGGCCGCGAGGAACGAGAUCGCGUUGGACAUUGGUACCGUGCAGCCAGUCUUCGAGAUAGACGUCGAUUGUGGCGCAUGCCACACGCCAUUAAAGUACGGCAGUCUGGCCGUAUCAGCGAGCAAAUUGGAUCUUCUUUAUCAUCCAGCCUGCUUUCGGUGCACAGAGUGCAAGGAACUCCUCGUAGAUCUCGCCUACUGCGUACACGACGACACGCUCUACUGUGAGAGGCAUUACGCCGAACAAUUGAAACCUAGGUGCGCUGCUUGCGACGAAUUGAUUUUCAGUGGCGAGUACACGAAGGCGAUGAACAAGGACUGGCACAGCGGCCACUUCUGCUGCUGGCAGUGCGACGAGUCUUUGACCGGACAACGCUACGUGCUCAGGGACGAGCACCCCUAUUGCAUCAAGUGCUACGAGAGCGUUUUCGCGAACGGCUGCGAGGAAUGCAACAAGAUCAUCGGUAUCGACUCCAAGGAUUUGUCGUACAAGGAUAAGCACUGGCACGAGGCCUGCUUCCUCUGCAACAGGUGCAGAGUGUCCUUGGUGGACAAACAGUUCGGCAGCAAGGUGGACAAGAUCUACUGCGGCAACUGCUACGACGCCCAGUUCGCCAGCCGUUGCGAUGGAUGCGGCGAGAUCUUCCGUGCUGGUACGAAGAAGAUGGAGUACAAGACCAGGCAAUGGCACGAGAAGUGCUUUUGCUGCGUGGUCUGCAAGAAUCCGAUCGGAACGAAGAGUUUCAUCCCGCGCGAGCAGGAGAUCUACUGUGCCGGAUGCUACGAGGACAAGUUCGCCACUCGAUGCGUCAAGUGUAACAAGAUCAUCACUAGCGGCGGCGUGACGUACAAGAACGAGCCGUGGCACAGAGACUGCUUCACCUGCAGCAACUGCAACAAUUCCCUGGCUGGCCAGCGGUUCACGUCGCGCGACGACAAGCCCUAUUGCGCUGACUGCUUUGGCGAACUGUUCGCCAAGAGAUGCACUGCCUGCUCGAAACCGAUCACCGGAAUCGGCGGCACUCGUUUCAUCUCUUUCGAGGACAGGCAUUGGCAUAACGACUGCUUCAUCUGCGCGGGUUGCAAGACGUCGCUGGUGGGCCGUGGCUUCAUCACCGACGGCGAGGACGUCAUCUGUCCCGAUUGCGCCAAGAUGAAGCUGAUGUAAACAGGGGGUGGGCAGGGAUCGAGAUCUAUCGAAGAGGAACGAGCGAGAAGAAAGGGGAGAGGGGAAAGGAACAGGGUCUACGGUGUCCAAUCUCCACGCAGAAAACUAACAAUACGAAUGUACAUCGAAUAGAAGAACCGGAAGAUUCCUCUUCGAGGAGGAACAUCGAGAACAAGAAAGAAAGAUCGUUCGUCGAUCGGCUACGGAAUAUCGCGAUAAAAAUUACCGUGCUUCUCUACCCCCUCAGUUAUAUUUUCAGGAGAUAUAUAUUAUAUAUUAUACGUAUACGUGCCCAUAGACGGGAAACGCGGUAGUUUUUAUUGAAACGAGCAGAAAGGACACCCUCCCGAUUGGUUAAACGAAGAAAAAGGAUAAAAUAAAAGCAAGCUCUCUGUUCUUCUCGAUCGACGCUCGGUAUAUCGUGGUACCGAGUUUUCGUAAACGUGUCUUCUCCACGCAGAGAAGAAGCAGACACGGGGAUACUUCCUAGCUUCGUAGUUUUUAGAGGCCAUUUUAGUCACUUGCGAUUCCGAUUUCUCCCUCGCGCGCGUUGGCUAACCCUCAUCGAACAGCCGAGAAAUAUCGCGAAGCGGGGAAGUGGAAGGGAAAUAUGCCUUGAAAAGUCCGAGAAUCAAACCGCCUUAAUGUAACAAUAUUACCGUCGUCGAGUUGUUGAAAAUGAGGAUCGUUUUAAUUAAGAAAGAUGGAAACGAAGCUACGUACUGUCGUGGUGUUUAUUUAACGUUGUUUUUCUUUUUUCGCUUUGUACAAUGAUAGAGUUUUAAACGCGGUCGAACGGUCGCGGGAAGGAAAAUCGACGAAGAUGGAGGAAGAAGAACAGAUGGAUCCUAUAUAUUCUUAUGGAACUAAAUUUGAUAUACGUAUGAUAAUGUUAUUUUUAUUUAACUUAAACUCACACCUGUCACACCUACACGCAGGACACGCGAGUACACUUACACAGAGACAUAUACACGUUGUACACGUUAACACGAAGCCAACACAUGCGCGAACACUGCACCUUCUCUCUCUCUCUCUCUCUCUCUCUCUCUCUCUCUCUGCGAUACUGUACAGCGAGACUCGUGCACGAUUCGAGUAUAACGAACGACUAAUUAAAACGAGAGGGUUCGCGUGAAGAGUUGCCUCGAAAUAUUUCGAAUUUUCAAUCGGAGGAGGGAAAUGCGAAAGAUUCGAUCCUCGGAAGCCAGAGUUCCAAGAUAUAUCUCUUGGAACUUGGGUGUUCGAAGGAAUCGUCACACCUUGUCGGAAGAAUUCUCACUUUCCACGCGAGCCCGCAGGUACGCGUAUAUAUUCGCGAGUGCGCAAAACGAAAAUAGAGUUCCAAGCGUGAUCGAUCUCUGCUCUUCUCGUCGAGCAAGGGGAUCGAUCGCAGUUGUAACAGCAUUUUUUGCAUUAACCCACGUCGUCCAAGUGACGGAGUUUCGGAAUAAAAAGGGAAGAAAGAUACACGACGAUAAAAACGUAACAAAAAAAAAAAAGGACAAAAUAAAAGAAAGAGAAAGAAAAAAUGUAAUUUCACACACGCAUUCACACUAAGCAUGCCCCGGACGAGUGUGCGACGCGCACACGCGGAAGAAA